GGCGAUCAUGCGACAUCUAACGGCACGACCGAGAAAGACAUGAAAUACUGUGAGAUAUUUCAUCGUUCAGACAGUCCCUCACGCGUCAAAAGCUAAACAUACAAGUGUAAUAUAACUGCGAACUUCGCAGUGCCGCACAGCGCAGUAGCACGCAGUAACACUCGCAGAUGACUCGCAGUGCGAAGUUCGAAGUGUGUGUGCAAAGCCAACCGCGAAAGGGGGUCCGAUCCCGGCUGCGUGCCAUCAGACCGCGUGUCCUCACAAACCCGAUGGAUAAACUUACAUAAACCGACUCUUGUGUGCCAUGAUGCUGUUGGCAUGAUUAUAUAUAUAUAUAUGUGACAAAACAAUAUUUGAGUCGGUGAAAGGUUCGUAAUGGUUGAUCAAAUGACAUGUUCUGCGAGUUCACGUGCCUAAACUUUGUGCCACGGUGAAAAUAUGACGUGGGUUACAGUGACGUGUAAUACACAUUUUUCGAGACACUUAUGUAUAGGUUGCCUCCGUUGAUGUUGAUUAGAAAGUAAAAAUCGCCUCAAGUUCGAAGUUGAUCUGCAUAUUGAAUUAAAUAUACUCAGAAUGUUUACUUUGGUUGUCAAUGGGCUUAUGUCAUGCAUAGCUUAUUUAGUGGUCGUCAGAAUUAUCCCUCCGUUGGAGGGCAUGUUCAUCAAAGCAAAUCUGUACGGAAUCGACCUUAGUAAAACUAAGAAGGAUAAAGUUCCAGAAGCAAUAGGUGUGGUUACUGGAUGCAUCUUCCUUAUUGCAUUAUUUCUUUUUAUACCUGUACCAUUCAGUUCCUCAAUAUUUGAAAAUGCUGAUUUUCCUCACGAUGAGUUUGUGGAACUGAUUGCUGCCUUGUUGUCAAUCUGCUGCAUGUUGUUACUUGGAUUUGCUGAUGAUGUCCUUGAUUUGAAAUGGAGGCAUAAAUUGCUGCUGCCCACUGUAGCUUCCUUGCCUCUUUUAAUGGUGUAUUAUGUGAAUUUUAAUUCCACAACUGUUAUCAUUCCCAAACCAUUCAGAAGCUGGUUUGGGUUUUCCAUUAACUUAGGAUUGCUCUACUAUGUGUAUAUGGGAAUGUUAGCCGUUUUCUGUACAAAUGCUAUCAAUAUUUUAGCUGGAGUUAAUGGUUUGGAAGCUGGGCAAUCUGUUAUAAUAGCUAUGUCAAUUGCUAUUUUCAAUUUACUGGAGUUGUAUGGUGACUUGUGGAAGGCUCACCGUUUCUCUUUAUACUUUAUAUUUCCUUACAUAGCAACUUCACUGGGGCUAUUAAAAUACAACUGGUAAGUUAAUUGUAUAGAUUUGUUGUCUUUCAUCACAAAUUAAUUUUUAACCAUUUUUACCUCAGUUAAUUCAGAAUAUAUAUACACAUAUUUAUAAUUAUUUUUUUUAAGUGGUGUGUAAAGUUUCUGUAAAGCUUUCUUGAAGAGAAAUUACACCCAUUUUUGAUUCCAUUUCCCUUUCCUGCUCUUGUUGGGUCUUUUUCUCCACCCUAAUUUUUUAAUUUGCGCUAUGUGUAAGGUGUGAGAAGCCCUUUUCACAAUUGAUACUCAAUUUUUUAAACACACAUUUUUCAUACAAGCACUACUACAAGCGCCAAAAGAGCAACAUUUUCAUUUGUGCUCAGGUUUACUGUUAUUUUCUAUUAGUUAUGCUGCAUGUUAUGGUGACCUAUUUGACUUUUUUAUGAAUCUGAAGCAUACAGAACUUCACUUCUCCUCCACCAUCCCUGCAUACCACAUCACUGGUCUCUCAAGAUCAUGCUGAUUCAUUGCCUCUUUUUAGUAUUAAUUUAGUCCAACCUGUUUUUCACCUUAAGACUUGAUGGGGCGAGUAUGCGAGCUUAUUUAGCCCUCCGUGAGCUGUUCUUUCAUCACACAUCAAUAGAAACGAAGGCGCAUUACAUUAGAAUCUUACAGCUGUAUUUUUGCCCUGACGGGAAAACCAUCCUGGACACAUAUCCCAGAAAGCACACUCUUCACGAGUCACCUGAGGAGCAAAAACUAGAUAUUAAGUUAAUAUUUUGUAUUUAAUAUAUCAUAUUUAUAUUCUUGCCUCCUUGAAAUCCUCGUAAUCCACCCCAUUCAAAUAGUUCUUGAUGUGCUUCGUGAUGUGCAUAGUGCUUGCUGACAAGUAAAGAGGUAUAUUCUUCAAACAUCACAGUGUGUUCUAUUUUUUGACAUAAUUGAAUAACAUUAAUAAUUAAUUAAAUCAUUCCAUAUAAUCUUGAAUUCACAAAUUAUUUUCCAAAUAUUUCAGACCAGAAGAAAGGUGCAUCUCAUUUUGAGUGUCAGAAUGUACAUGUGUAAUUCAAAGCACAAUUCUAGUUUUAAACUUCUCAUCAGGAGAUUACCUUGAUUGUUACCAUGUACAUGAAUUUUGGAAGUGAUUGUGCAUGCCAUACCUUUAAUACAGAUUUUUAUCUCUUAAAAUCCAUAAAAUAGACUUCAUUUUUAUUUAAUUCUCAUAUAAAGCAUUUUGAGGGUUGAAUAUUCCAGUAAACUACUUACUUUGAGUUUAACAUUGGCGAGUGAUGUGUUUUAACUAGAUUUUUAAGUUCAAAUUGACAGAAUUAAGAAAGAAAGAAUGACUGAAAUAUCCAGAAGCAUUUACCCGUCUUGAGAGGGUAAAGUUUGCUGCUUUUCAUUUUAUUUAAGACUAUCAGAAACGGGAAAACAAAUCAGAACACAGUAUUUGAAAGUAUCAGGAUCGUUCUUGGAAGAGAGAAGCGUUGUAAAACAUCCAGACUUAAGGAUCCAAGAGUAGAACAGGACUUCCAUGUCUUUAAUUUGGGCACUUGACAAGGAUAAUACUAGAAGUUAUGGACGACCAGCAGAGGAUUCUAGGAGAAGGUUAACGUAAGUGGAAUGUUAAUUUUAAAAUGUACUUUUGCGACAGGAAGUACCUGUGAUUUAAAAUUGGAAGCAAAUCUUGUAACCGUUACUCUAUUUGUGAAUAUUUUGAAUUGCAUCUUUGGUACUCCUAAUGCCAAAGUGGACACUGAAAGUCUCAGAUACUUAAUAAAGUCUUUAUUUUUCUUAACUUGCAUGCUGAAAAUGAGGUUUUGGAGGCAAAUGCGUGCAAAAGAAGUUUUCUUUAAAUUGUUUUUAUUAAAGAAUAUUUUUGCAUGUGAUAUUGAAAAAAUUUAAGAUUCUGCUGAACAGUCAAGUAAUGUAGGAUUUCAAAUUAUUUUCAUGUGAACAUGAGAAGAACAAGUAUCAAUAAAAACAUCUUAGGGGAAAUGUUUAAAUGAAUACAUAUUGUAACUUACAAAUAUUUUAUUUUAUGAACAAUGUUUAAAAACGUACAAGAUUGUUACUGAAUGAUGCAUAUUGCAAGUACUGAUAUGAUUUUUUUGGUUCUAGAAAAAAGUUGACUCAAUACAUUGCACCACAAAACAUGUUAAGCAAUUGUUCUAAUACACGUUAUUUAACUUUCUUAAUCAAUUUUUAUUUUGUGUCAAAUUCAUAAAAAAUUAAGUUAGUUUUUUGUAUUGGCAUGACUGAGAGUACUUCACUACAUUUUCAAGAACGUAGUUUUAAAACAAAACUCCUGGAAUUCUGUCUCGCACUCUUGAGGAAUAUACAAUAUUAUACAAGAGAAGAACAAAUUCAAUAUUAGGGCCUAGGCCAUUACUGCAUUGUAGGUAAAAAUAAUUCGUAUUUGAAUUUCUAAUGCAUGAGAAGCAACACAUUAAAAUAUUACACAAGCUCAGGGAAUACAAUAAAUAGUAGUACUGGAUUUAGUGACCACAGGUACAUUAGGGAAUUGGAAGGCUAAUUCUCACUUUUGGCCACUGCUUUGAAAGGAAGCACCAAUGCCAUUGAAGUCAACAUCAAGGCACAAAAAUGGAAACGUAUGAUAGUAUUCUGUCAAGAGCAUCAAGUGGGUAUCAUUUUGGAUACUGCAAAAUCGAGUUCCAUUCUUGUCAUUCCCUUGUGAAAAGAACUACUGUAAGGAACUAAUACAUUCCCAUACAUUACAUGCUAUCACAACCUUAACACUUCCACAUAUCACAGUUACUGAACAACAAUAAUUUGAUUUUUAACGAAGUUUCAAUAAAACAAGAGGAUAAUGUGAAAACAAAUUAAUUCACUCUCCUUUUCUAUGGGAAACAAAGUGCAAUAUGAAAUGCCUGUAUAUCUGUCAUGCCAAUAUCAUUAAAUGGCAUAUUUUUCUAUUGUAUUUUGAAUCCAUAUUGAUGGAUUAUAAAAUUGUUCUACUGUUAAUUGUAGUCGUUUCGUGCAUAAAAAUUUGUCAACAAAAAGUCAUACUUCCAUGAAUUAUUGAGCACAUAUUGUGGCGCAUAAUAUGGAUCUCCGUAUUGAUAUUUACGAACCAGCAUUGUUGUACUGUCUAACCACAAGCCAGAACCUAUAUGUUCCUCGAUAGAAUUGGCAUCUAUUUUCUUGUCAACUUUGUUCCACUUCACAGGGUUCCCCUUGCUGCCUUGUAAAGCCAAAACCACAUCUUGCGGAUGAAAACACCAUGAACAGUACCAUCCACCAUAAUGAUUAAGAUCUCCUAUAACCAGACCAAAACUUAAUGCCUCAUCGCCAGUGGGAAUUUUAGAUAGAUCACUGUGAUAAUCAUCUUCCAUUAAUUGUACAGACCAGGCUCCAGGUGCUGUUAUUGUUUUCUUGGGAUGCUGCCAGAAGAAACCAUAUACUGACCAACGGAGUCUAAAUCCCACAGGUUGUGGCCAACUGUCAUAAAGUUUAAAAAAUAGAAGGGCUUUGGUAUUUGGUAUUUCAUGAGUAUCCAUUAGAACUAGCAUAUCAUCAUCUCGUAAAUUAUUGAUAGCUCGUUUCCCUCGAAGCCAUAGCUCCUUCUUCAUUGUUUGUAGAUGUGCUUCAUUGUUUUUAUAUAUCUCCACUGGUACAUACAGAAUUUUAUGUUGUAUGUCAUGUAAGAAACCUUUUCUUAAUUUGUUCUGAAAAUAGAGUGAUUUCUCUUCACCAGUUUCAGUAUAAUUUGACUCACAAACUAUGAAGAGGUCAACCACAUCUGAUAAUUCACGAAUCUUUAUCUCAACUAGAGUUAUUUCAAGGUUUAUUAUAGAAAAUGCAUGAAUCAAACGACGAGGUUUUUUUCUCUUUUUAGGAGAGAUUUUUUGCUGUGAUGCAAUAUACGCUCGCCAUACAACUUCUGGUUGACCACAAUCUCUCCCAUGCCAACCUUGUUUGCACUCGCACUUUAAAGCAAAUCCUUUCAGUCUUUUCAUGUACUCCACAUCAGUGCCAAGGAUAAAGCAAACUGUUCCAUUAAGUGUCACAAAAUGUCCCACUUCAGAAGUUUCCAAAGUAAUACUUUGAACUUCGGUUCUAUAUCUUGGGAUAUUUAUUUUCUGAGAAGAAUAUUUUCCUGUCUCUGUCACUAUAAAUUUCACUGGAUGCAAGUUCUUACCAUUAUCAGGGUCUGCUUCAGUUGUUAGCUGUUCAAACGAUGAUGGGGCCAUUACAAAGUAGAAGAUUACCAACAAUACUUGUAUCAAUAAUAACAUCCAAAGAAUUAGCAAUUUGUAAUCCAGUUUGUAAUACAUCAGUGAUUACGUGAAAUGAGAUUUUGGAUGCAUAAAUUUCACGUUCAAUAUGCAAUUUCACUUCUAAAAAUUACGAAGUGACAGAAGAUAUUCCAAAAUCCAUUCCUUAAGUAAGUUACUUGACGUUUCUCAGGUGUUUGGAAACAGCCAGGUUAUAAGAGCAGUUCCCGUCAUUUGCGCACAUAACAUGUUGGCUGUGUCAUUGCAGGAGAGGUCUCUGUCCCCGCGACGAAACUAUAUACUUCGACUUAUAACCUCAGUACGUCGAAAGAAUCAUUCGCACCCCCGGAAUCGCCCGUCCGUUCACAAGGCGAACUAAUCAGGCUGGGCGAGGCGAGGCCAGGCCCUGGCGACGCCGGCGAGGCUUAAAAUACCGCGAGACGCAUGCGCGAAUUCCGGCCAACACCCACGUCAUUCCAGGUGGCUUCAAAGCAAAACAUUCUUGAGAAUGUUUCUCAUUACCACACAUUUCUAAGCUGCAGAAUUCGUUCUUAGGAUGCAAUGAAAACUUUUAUUUUCAAUUUAUCUAUACGCGUGUCGCGUAGCAUUACCCGCGGCAACGUGAUACCCGUUGCCAUAGCAACAUCUUACUGUUACUCACCAUUUAAAUGAUUCAGGAACCUGCACCGAUUUUUUUUCUUCCUUUUUACAUUUAUUUACUUAUCAAUAUAUUUGAAAUUAAAUUAAAUGUUUCAGUAAUUGAAAUGAAGUUAAUUAUGCUGUUGUCAUAUCAAGAUCCAAUAAACGUUUGUUUUUAUAGCUUUAUAAUGUUAAGUUGGUCUUUGAUUUAUGAAAAAAUUUAAUUUUAGAUUAAUCAUUUAUGUCUCUGGUUUUUACCAGUGUUGUCAUCAUCUCAUCUUUCAGAUAGUACCACAAACCAUGUAUUAUCAUGUUUGGUUCAUGUUUGUAAAGUUUCGUCAGUGUAAACUUGUUUUUCCACUCAUUAAUUGUUUCAGGUAUCCUUCAAGGGUAUUUGUGGGAGAUACAUUUUGCUACUUCUCGGGAAUGACUUUUGCAGUUGUAGGAAUUUUGGGUCAUUUCAGCAAAACCAUGCUUCUGUUUUUCAUUCCUCAAGUAAUUAAUUUUCUGUAUUCAGUGCCUCAGUUAUUUCGAUUGGUACCUUGCCCAAGACAUCGAAUACCCAGAUAUAAUCCUCAGACUGACAAAUUGGAAAUCAGCACUACUACAUUUAAAUUAUCAGAUCUGAAUGUAACAGGGAUUAUUUGCCUUAGUAUUUUGAAGAAACUAAGGUUAAUUCACUGGAAAGAAUACUAUAAAGAAGAUUCUGAAAAAUGGGUGCAGUGCAAUAACUUCACCCUUUUGAAUUUUUUUAUUGUUCUUUUGGGUCCUAUAAGAGAAGUGGUCCUAACAAAAUAUUUACUUAUUUUCCAGGUGAUUUGCAGUUUGUUAGCGUUCAGUAUACGCUAUCCUUUGGCCUCCCUCUUUUAUGAUGUGUAGAAUUAUUGUAGUUGCUGUUCAUGACAUGUAACUAUUUAUACCAAAGAUUAUGGUAUGUGAUCAGAAAGAAAAGUUGCAUAGGCAUUAAACUUUUGUACAUAUUUUUUUCUCAUCCUUUUUUUGAUGGUUAAAAAAGUUAAAUUUCUAGUCAUCAGACUAAGUGUUUUGGACCUUUGUGAAUUCAGAAUCUGAGAAUAGAAGAAAUAGUUACACUUUUAAAUACUUUUUCAUUGUGAAUUUUUAUAAAUUGUAUUAUUUCUUCCGUAAAAUCAAACGAUUGUUUUUAUCCUAUUUUGUUGUAUUGUACUAAUUGCUUUUAGCAAAGAUUUUCAAAAUAGAUUAUAUCAACAAAUUAAAAACAAAAAUCUUAUUUGUAUUCUCAAAGCGUCAGAAUAUACCUCUUAAACAAGAAUAUAAUGAUAGAGCAAUAUUUAUUAGUUAUUUUAAGAUAUGGUGACUCAGCUCAGACAUGUUGAUAAAUCCUAAUGCUCUAAAAGAGCAAUAUGAACGUCGCUUUUUUAUUUUCGUCAGUGAGGUCAUAUAAUUUGAAGAAAUUUAAUGGAAUUGGAUAGUACGUUAUUAAAAUAUUUUGUAAAUGUAAUAAUGUUUUAAGCUUGGUUUUUUGAACUACAAUGUGAAGAUUUCAGUGAUAUAAUAAAUAAACUCUGUUUGAUAUCAGUUUUGUGUUAUUAGAAUUUGUAGGCUAAAUUUCUGUUAUAAACAAAAAUGAAUGAUGGUCAUGACAACAUAAAAAAAAGAAGAAGAAGAAUUCAUUCAAGGUAACUAAAUUAUGAAAUUAGGUACUUGGCAUAAGAAAUGUUUACAAUUUACAAUAGGUUACAAAAUGGUUAAACCAGGCAUUUAAUAACUUAAGACGAAAAAUGUUUCUGGCAUCUAAAACUGAUCUCAAAAGGAUUCAAUUUGGUACUUUUUAUUUUUUCAGGAUAUUCAAGCAUUUUUACAUUUAUGAAAGUGACUACAAGCAUAUUAUUUUAUUCCUUUAAUUUCUUUUCACUUCAUUUUUUCACACUUUUUAUUUUCAAACCUUCAACAGCACAGCUGCACUGGGAAUGGAUACAAUUGCCUAAGAUGUACAUGCUGAUCAGAGGUGACAGUUAAACAUCAUCUUUGAAAUGACUUGCAGAGCUCCUUAUGUUCAUUGUGUUAGGCGAGAGAUUUCGGUGCGUUGUCAAUUGCGUAUACGAUCAGGGAAUAUUCACAUUUUGGAAAAUUCAAGACCAUUUGAGUUUUGGUAAAACAAUUUUUUUUAAAAUAAGUAAUUAAAAUAUGAUAAUUUAUCAAAAUUACUUAUUUUAGGCAAAAUAAAAUAAACCAUACUAAAUUAUGUGAUAUGCAAGAGAUUGUUGUUCCAUUAAAAGCCUUCUACAGAUAAUUCCAAUGUAUACACUCUAAUUUUAAUUUCGCGCCAAAAUUUGCACUACGAUUGAAUUCAACCGGAACUCCUUUAGCAGGGCCAGAGGCUAUGGGUAGAACACUUUACAGCUGCCAUGUCGUAUGCAAUUGCCAGAUAUAUACAUUAAUUAUUUUCUAUAAGUGACCACACACGUUUUCUUGGCCUCCUAUUUCGCUUGAUGCGUGAUGAGUGGGGGUUUGGUUGGCCACGGGACUUAUAUCAAAUUGGUUGCUCAUUUUGCGACGCAAAAUAGUUUAUACACGUGAGCGAAUAUAUAUAUUAUCAGAUUUUGUCAACAAUGCUCGUUGCUAUAAUUUAUUCUGAAUCCAACUAUAAUGGAAAAGGAGUGGGAGUAAGGAUUCCGGGGCCUCAGAAAACUUGCGCGUGUAGGCAGCUGGUGAGGUUAGCACUAUCGCUUAUGGGUGGUCAAACUAAAUUACUAACGUUCAACGAUUUGUAAUAUUAAACUAAUUCAUUAAUGCCUUAUUUUAUUU